AAGCAUGGGGGUAGCAGUGCAGUGUAGGGAGAGACAUAGAGGAGAGCAGGGAGCCAGAGAGACGAGAGAGGAGGGAGGGAGGCAGCCACUUCCGCACCAAAUGAGCUCAAGCUCAUCAUCAUCUACAGCAGAGCGCAUCUCUGAUCACACACACACACACACACACAUGCACACACACGGUAGCCUGCUGCAGACAUAAGAAAACAGAGCCAGAGGAGCACGCAAGAAGAAACAAAGAGAGAGAGGGGGAGAGACCGAGACUGAGGAGAGGCAGACAUCUGCAGAUAGAGAUGUCAGGCGUUGUGGUGUCUCUGUGUCUGCUAGUGGUCUUCGUGCUGCUGUGUGAGCUGAGCAGGAGAAUCUUAACCAAGCUACUAGCUCCCAGAGGGCUGUGUCUGUCUGCUGUUUACGCCGUGGAGCUGGUCUCUACGCUGCAGCUGUGUAUCUGCAACCUAGAGCUGCGUCUACUGGGGGAGGUGGGCCGGCUGCAGCCUCAGUUCUGUCUCAGCCUCACAUACCUGGCAUCUGUGGUUCAUGGCCUCACCUUCCAUGGAGCCCUGGGGAACCCCUGUAGCACGCUGGAAUACACGUACCGGGGACGCCUCACUGCCAGGAGCGGUGUGCUGAGGAUGGUGUGCCAGUUCAUGGCAGCAAGCGUGGCUCGUACCAUGCUACAGGGGCUGUGGGCCCUCGGUCUCUCUGACCUGCACCUGAGACACACACUCCAGGGCUUCCAAUGCAUUAGCCCCAUCCACACAGACACACACACCAGCCUGGUGCUCCCUGGCCCUCUGGUCACCGCCGCAGCUGUGGAGCUGGCAGGGGCCUUUGCCAUGCAGACCGCCUUCACACACACACACACUAUGGACCAGAGGUACCGGGUACAUGCCAUAGCAGCACUCACCGCUACCCUGACCUAUGCAGGUGGCAAGAUGACGGGGGCUGUGUUUAACCCUGCGUUGGCCCUCUCCACCCAGUUCUCCUGCAGUGGGCACUCCUUUCUGGAUUACUGCCUGGUCUACUGGCUGGCUCCUCUACUAGGUAUGAUGUGUUCGGUCCUGUUGUUUGAUCAGAUGUUGUCUGGUAGAGCUUCUCCCUACCGCCCCCUUCUGGCUAACAAGAGGAAAUGACCCUGGGUCAUUUUCAUUAGUGCACACCGUAGCAAAACCGUUUUGCAACAGAAAACAUUUAACUACAAAAACACGUUUUUUAUUAGACAAGUAGAGGUAGUUCCUCCCCUUUUCGGUUAGUUUCCUUCUGUUUUGUGUCUACGGCCCUGGACCCACCAUCAAUCCCUACGAACCGAAGACCCUGAUGCAUAGUGACCUCUUUAAAACUAAGCACAUUAAAAAAUAUAUAUAUAUAUAUAUAUAGAGAUGUUUUUUAAUCUAGUAUGAUUUGUGCAGUGGUGGCUGGUGGCACUUCAAAAUUGGUCUGGAACGUAAUGAUACAAUUUCAUCCACUCUAUUCCAGACAUUUUUAUGAGCUGUCUUCCUCUGGAUUUGUGUAGCAUUGAUGUAAAAAAAUAGAUUUCUGUAGUUAGUAGUGUUAGUAGCAUAUUUGAAACACUUUGAGAUAGUAAUUUAUGUACAGUUCUUCAAUAGAUAUGACUAUGGCCAACUUGAGGAGUAUUGUCAACCUUCCCAAGUUACCCCGCUCCUCCGCAGUCCGCACACUCCACUGGCUUCCAGUCAAAGCUCACAUCCACUACAAGACCAUGGUACUUGCGUGCGGAAUAGCAAAAGGAACUGCCACUCCAAUCUACCUUCAGGCUAUGCUCAAACCCUACACCCCAACCUGAGCACUCUGUUCUGCCACCUCUGGUCUCUUGACCUUCCCCCACCCCUAUGGGAGGGAAGUUCUCGCUCAGCCCAGUCCAAGCUCUCAUCUGUCCCCAAUGGUGGAACCAGCUAGGACAGCAGAGUCCCUGCCCAUCUUCCGAAAACCUACCUCUUCAAAGAGUAUCUUAAAUAAUCCCACAGUAUUCCCCCCCCCCCAAAAAAAGCCUUUUGUGAACUAACACUCGCACUUUACUUUUCCCCUUACUAGCUCUGACUGCUGAAAGCUACUUUGAGGAAAAACAUACUUGCUAUUACUGUGACAUGUGGUUGUCUCACCUAGCCAUCUUAAAAUGAAUGCACUAUAAGUCCCUCUGGAUAAGAGCGUCUGCUAAAUGGCAAAAAUGUAAUCUAAAUGUACGCAAACUGGGUCAGACCUAGGUGAAUGAUAAAAAAAGGUGCUCUGACAAUAGUUUUGAUGCAUUAAGUUGUUGAAAUAAACAGUUGAAAUGA